GGGGUGAGGGGGGGGGUGGGGGGUCCGGCUCCGCCCCGGCGCCGCCAUUGGCGGAAAGUUCGGGGCGCGGCGCGGGGUGGCGGCCCCGCUCCCUGCGGCCGGCCCCGGUGCGGGCAGCGCUGCGGGCAGGGCCGGGCCGGGCCGCCCCGGGGCCGCCGCGGGCGCGGCCAUGUGGGCGCUGCGGGCGCUGUGCCUGGCCGGGCUGGGCGCCGCGCUCGGGGGGGGCUCGGCCGAUCAGUGCAGCUGGAGGGGCAGCGGGCUGUCGCAGGAGGCUGGCAGCGUGGAGCAGCUCUCCCUGCACUGCGCCGAGGGCUCGCUGGAAUGGCUGUACCCCACAGGGGCCCUUCGCCUCCGCCUGGCCCCUCGCCUGCCCCCCACCACCGCCGCCAUCAAGGGCAGGAGCCCCCAGCAUGUCACCGCCUGCGUCAAACCUGCCGGCACCUUCCGAGGGGCUCAGCUCUACCUGGAGAGGGAGGGGGUGCUGGAGCUGCUGCUGCCAGAGGCCCCCCGGCCCCGCGUCCGCUGCUUCAGCUGGCUGCCCCAGGAGAAGGUGGCUCUCUUCCUGCAGGCCACCCCGCACCUCGACAUCAGCCGCCGCAUUGCCGCCUUCCGCUACGAGCUACGGGGGGACUGGCUGGCCCGCCCGGCACUGCCUGCUGCCAGCCUCACCGGAGAAGGAGCGUGCCGGCCGUGCAAUGACACCGAGAUCUUGAUGGCCAUUUGCACUAGUGACUUUGUAAUCCGUGGCAGCAUCUGGAGCGUCUCCAACGAUGUGGAGCUGCAGGAAUCCAUCAUUGGGGUGAGCGCCUCCCGCAUCCACCGCCAAAAGUUCCCCCUCUUCCAGGCAGGGGGGAGGCCAGGACGGCCGGCGGGCAGCAUCCGCACCCCACUGCGCUGCGGGGUCAAGCCCGGCCCUGGCACCUUCCUCUUCACGGGGUGGCUGCAUUUCGGCGAAGCCUGGCUGAGCUGUGCGCCCCGCUAUAGGGACUUCCAGCGCAUCUAUGAGGGGGCUCAGCGCACACGCCAGAACCCCUGUGAGUUCCCUGUGGACUGAGUGGCUUGGGGAGGGCAGCCCAGCCCCACGGGUGCUGGGGGGCUGGGGUCCCGCGGGCAGUGAGAGCAUCCCUGGGGGGACGCAGGGGCGGCGUGCUGGCAGGGAUGGUGCCCAGAGAGAGUGUGGCACUGCGAUCCUCGCUGUGUAGCCAGGCUCCGGCAGCACCCGCCACCGGGCUGGUGGGGUCCCAGGAAAAUCCUGCCAGAAGGGAAGGGAUUUUCCCAGGGCGCACUUGCCCAUGGCCCCCAGGGACAUGCCCAGGUGAGGGGUGCAGUGGCAUGGGGCAGUGGGUUGGGGGCUCCCAGGGGACCGGGGUGCUGCACGCUCGGGGUGUGCAUGCUCAGGGGAUGCUGUGGGGUACGGUGGGACCAGCAUGAUGGGGGCAGCCACCCCCACCCACCGAGAGGGCUCGGCAGCAGGUGGCCGUGGCAGUAGGUGGCUGUAGUGGCAGGGCCAGGGGCACAGUGGGCAUGGUGGGGUGUGGAAGGGCCAGGAGGUGGAUUUGCAAAGUCAGGGGUGUAAGGGGGUGUGGGGCAGCAGCGAGCCUUGCGCUGGCCCUGCCUGCAACGCGGGGCACAGGCAGGAGCCACAGGGCGGAUGCCAAGGAAGAGGAGUGAGGCCGAAGGGAGCGAGGGGAUGGCAAGGUGAGAGGAAGACUGGUGCAGGGAGCAGAGGUGUCCCUGGUACAGCCAGAGCAGGACCAAAGCACCGAUGCAGGAAGAUGCCACUGGAGCAGGGAGAGGUCGGGCUGUGCCACCCGCCACCGCUAGCCUGAGGCUGUGGCCUCGGGGCAGCUGCCAUGUCCGGCUGUGCUGGGUGGCUGGCGAUGGGGCACGCUGCGCCAGCCAGGGAGAAUUUUUGACCGUGGGGGUGGGGGGCAUUGUAUGUGCACUAAAGUUAUAACAAUACCAAAUUUGUGACUUUUUUUAUAAACUGAGCUGUAUUUGUAGCAUGUGUGUGGGCAUCUCCUUUCU